GCGAGAGAGAGAGAGAGAGACUCAAGUGAUUCAGCCGAGGACCACGCGCCACAGAAGACGGACAAAGGCACGCGACAUGUCUCAAGGAUUCAGGUGCACGCGGAUGUGCCCCGGGUCUCGUACUCACACACCAUGGUCGCUGGGAUAAGCAUGGAUGUACUGACACACAACAGAUAGUAUGCCCAUGCCCGCGCAGUUGGCACGGCUCAAGCGAUGUGGCACAACAUGGCACGCGUAAAGAUGGGUAUCUUCGCUCUCCUGUGUCUCCCCACCUUCUUCUUCCGCGUCCUCGUGCUCUCCCACAGCAGCGCCUUGUACGAGAGGGCGGCUGUUCCACGCGCCGCGUCCCGCUCCGUGGCCCGCAUGGACGGAGACGUGAUCAUCGGCGCGCUUUUCUCCGUGCACCACCAACCGUCCGCGGAGAAGGUGGCAGAGCGAAAGUGCGGGGACGUCCGCGAGCAGUACGGCAUCCAGAGGGUGGAGGCCAUGUUUCACACCUUGGACCGGAUCAACGCGGACCCUAAUCUGCUCCCUAACAUCAGCCUAGGUUGUGAGAUCCGGGACUCCUGCUGGCACUCGUCUGUGGCUCUGGAGCAGAGCAUCGAGUUUAUCCGGGACUCCCUCAUCUCAAUCAGGGAUGAUAAAGACGGGUCCAAGUGGUGCAUUGACGGAACCCCGUCCCACCAGCCUCCACCGUCUAAGAAACCUAUCGCUGGAGUCAUCGGACCCGGAUCCAGCUCUGUGGCCAUCCAGGUGCAGAACCUGCUGCAGCUCUUUAACAUCCCACAGAUCGCCUACUCAGCUACCAGCAUCGACCUGAGCGACAAAACUCUGUUCAAGUACUUCCUGAGGGUGGUGCCCUCUGACACCCUGCAGGCCCGGGCCAUGCUGGACAUCGUUAAGCGCUACAACUGGACCUACGUGUCUGCGGUGCACACUGAGGGAAACUACGGUGAGAGUGGCAUGGAGGCAUUCAAAGAGCUGGCCUCUCAGGAAGGCUUAUGCAUCGCCCACUCGGACAAAAUCUACAGCAAUGCGGGGGAGAAGCACUACGAUCGCCUUUUGAGGAAACUCCGGGAACGUCUGCCGAAAGCUCGUGUCGUGGUGUGCUUCUGCGAGGGCAUGACUGUCCGAGGUCUCCUGAUGGCCAUGAGGAGACUGGGGGUGUAUGGGGAGUUUCUUCUUGUUGGCAGUGAUGGAUGGGCGGACAGAUACGAGGUCGUGGAAGGUUAUGAGCAGGAAGCAGAGGGAGGAAUCACCAUGAAACUUCAAUCAGAGGUGGUCAAGUCCUUCGAUGACUACUACCUGAAGCUGCGUCUGGACACCAACACCAGGAACCCUUGGUUCGCUGAGUUCUGGCAGUACCGCUUUCAGUGCCGCCUACCAGGCCACCCACAGGAGAACAAGAAUUACAAGAAAGUCUGCACUGGUGAUCAUGGGAAUGAGAGUCUGCAUGAAAACUAUGUUCAGGAUAGUAAAAUGGGCUUUGUCAUCAAUGCCAUCUACGCCAUGGCUCAUGGCCUCCAUGAUAUGCAUAGAGAGCUGUGUCCAGGAAAGACCGGGCUCUGCGAGGCCAUGGACCCGAUCGAUGGCAGCAAGCUGCUGGACUACCUGCUGAAGACGUCCUUCAGAGGAGUCUCAGGGGAGGAGAUUUACUUCGAUGAAAAUGGAGACACUCCAGGAAGGUAUGACAUCAUGAAUUUCCAGAGUGUGGGUGAUUCUCGCUACGACUACUUAAACGUGGGCUCCUGGAGUGAGGGCAUCUUGAGCAUCGAUGACUACAAACUGUGGAUGAACAGCAGCGACAUGGUCCGCUCAGUCUGCAGCGAGCCAUGCUCCAAAGGACAGAUCAAGGUGAUCAGGAAGGGCGAGGUGAGCUGCUGCUGGAUCUGCACCACAUGCAAAGACAACGAGUACGUCCAGGAUGAGUUUACCUGCAAGGCAUGUGAGCUGGGAUGGUGGCCUGAUGACGACCUGGCAGGAUGCCAGCCCCUGCCUCUGAAGUAUCUUGACUGGGCCGAUGUGGAAUCCAUUGUGGCUGUGGUUUUCUCCUGUGUGGGCAUCCUGAUCACCUCCUUUGUCACCUUUGUGUUCAUUCAGUACCGGGACACUCCUGUGGUUAAGUCCUCCAGCAGAGAACUCUGUUACAUCAUCCUUGCAGGCAUCUUCCUUGGUUACAUCUGUCCUUUCACCUUAAUCGCCCGUCCGACGGUGGCCUCCUGCUACUUACAGCGACUUCUUGUCGGCCUGUCGUCUGCCAUGUGCUACUCUGCUCUGGUGACCAAAACAAACCGCAUCGCCCGAAUCCUGGCAGGCAGCAAGAAGAAGAUCUGCACCAGGAAGCCCCGUUUUAUGAGCGCCUGGGCCCAGGUGAUCAUUGCCUUUAUGCUGAUCAGUGUGCAGCUAACUCUAGAGAUCACACUCAUCAUUCUGGAGCCCCCUGAGCCCAUCAAGUCCUACCCAAGCAUUCGUGAGGUCUACCUCAUCUGUAACACUAGCAAUUUAGGCAUGGUGGCACCACUGGGCUACAACGGCCUGCUCAUCAUGAGCUGCACCUACUAUGCCUUUAAGACGCGGAACGUCCCAGCCAAUUUUAACGAGGCUAAAUAUAUUGCCUUUACUAUGUAUACUACCUGCAUCAUCUGGCUGGCCUUUGUGCCCAUCUAUUUUGGCUCAAACUACAAGAUCAUAACCACGUCUUUCUCCGUCAGCCUGAGUGUGACAGUUGCAUUGGGCUGCAUGUUCACACCUAAGAUGUACAUUAUCAUUGCCAAACCAGAAAGGAACGUCCGAAGCGCCUUCACCACAUCUGAUGUGGUAAGAAUGCAUGUGGGAGACGGGAAGUCAGCAGCUCAGUGUGGAAGCAACAGCUUCCUGAAUAUGUUCCGCCGAAAGAAGCCUGGAUCUGGAAAUGCCAAUUCUAAUGGCAAGUCUGUGUCAUGGUCUGAAUCAGGUGCAAGACACCCUCCGAGGGGGGGGAAUGUGUGGCACAGACUGUCUGUGCAUGUGAGGAAACAGGAAGCCGGCUUGAAUCAGACGGCGGUCAUCAGGCCCCUAACUAACACCCCCGACCCCCACAGUUGUGAGCCCUCAUCCCACGACCUUGGCACAGACCCCCAUCCCUCACAAGAACCGCGCGGCGCUAAGCCUCUGUACAACCUGUCAGAGGAGGACGACGAGGGUGAUUCCCAGCGCCCCCUCUGGACCCCGACUUCCUCCGGACGGAGGUUGGAGUCUAACUUGGAUAAACCGGAUUCUUAUUUGCCCUCUAACUCUAUGGGCUGCACUGCGGAGCGCUUACAGGGGGCUGUGGUGGAUACACACAGCUCCAACGUCCCCGCACUGAAUGACUACACCACCAGGGAGACACUCCCUGCCAACGAGCCUUUGAGCUUGACACCCUCUCAGCCUCCUCUGGCCCCAAAGGUGGGGGCAUAUGAGGAGGGAGAGGGACCUGAGGAUGAGGAACUGGACCUCUUACACAGCUACAUUUAUGAUGCCAAGGAGGAGGGGGAUGAGGAGGACGGGGACAGUGAGGAUUUGACUCAGAGCAAGCCAACUCUUGAGGAUUCCCUUGCUCUGUCGCCUCCCUCCCCCUUCAGAGACUCUGUAUGCUCGGGGGACUCUCUGAGCGGCUCCCCCGCCUUGGAGUCAAUGCUCGGAAGCCCUCCACGCUCAAUCUACACCUCAAACAUCCUCCAGGACUUUGCACACAGCUCCUCAACACUGUGAGAGCAACACUGGCAUUUAUUCACAUACACAUCAAACAGGCACAAUUACAUGUUAACACAGAGACAUACUUUACAACAACAUGAUUUUAUUAUCAUCUAAGGUUUCUAAUGUUUGUUUUUUGGGCUCUCAUUUGCUUCCUUGUAUUUAUUAUCCUGCUUUUAUCAGUAAGGGAUUAAUCAUAAUUAUAAGUACACUAGGAAUCAUCCAUGAGUGCUACCUUUCCUGAAGGGCUGUCUAAUCACAGAGCCUUUCUGUAUAAUGUAAAGCAGGGAACAGUGCCAAAUCUAGUCAGCUCUCAUGCCAAAUUUUGAUGGAUUAAAGGUAUAAUAUGCCACUUUUAGAGUAGAUGUCCACUAGAUGGUGCACUUAAGCACAAGUCUCUUUGACCAAAACAAAACUUGUUCUUGGGCCAACCCCCCAAUGCCCCUCAGCACAUCACUUCCUCUCCCUGAUUGGUCCAAAUGCAGCUAUUUGUCACUGUUUUUCAUCCAGAGUGCAGCCUCUUUUAUUUCUUUAAAGUAUCUUAACAUUUUCCUCACUUUGUACUAAGUACCUUGAUUUUCCGUGUGACUAAACUCCACCAAUAUGUCAGUACAAACAGCAAACCCUGAUCAGGCGUGGCUCCCCCUUCCUCAAGGUGGUGGUGGCCUAAUGGUUAGAAUGGGAGAGGUUCACAAAUACACAACAAAAACAUUAAGGAACAUAUUUAAGCCUUUGCGGGACAGAUAAAUAAGUUGAAAGAAGCAUCGCUAUAUCAGUGUGAACACUGAGCUGAGAACAACAAACCCAGAGAGAGUCACUGCUCAACAAUAUUUUACUUAAUGGUCUAUAUCAAUGCUAAAAAUACUGCAUAUUAUACCUUUAAGCUACAUCAAGAAUCACAAUGAAGGAUGUAGCUGUGGCACUGCAUUUUGAGGGGAAUGGAAACAGAAUUCUGAGUGUAAAUACUGUUUGUGCACUGUAAGAUAGAACCAGUGGCAUAUCUGGCUCUGGGGACUGCAAUAGCUCAAGUGCGUUUCAUGCCAGUUUUGAUUAGCUGUUAUUCUCUGCUGCACAUGUGCAGGUCUGCAACAAACUCUUUGCUUUUUGCCUUUUCUCAUGAUUUUUUUUCACCUCAGCUUUCUGUAAUCGGACCAUAUUUAAAAAUUACAGAGAUUUACUACAAGAAAAGUGCAGUAAGUUGGUUGGAUAUUACUUUUAUGUGUCGCAAGGCGUGCUCAUCACAAAACAUGAUCACGUAACUGCUUAAAUUUUGCGCUGUAUGAUAUAUGAUGUGGAAAUAAUGUGCCAAUCACAGUUGAUAUCAACCUACAUCUCCGCUUUCAAUUUUUACGAUGUAGCUGAUACAGGUUAGUGUGAUUGUAGAUGGUCGGACGUUGUGUAUUCAGUUUACGCUCACUCAUAAUAACCCUGAGAACAACUUUUACAAGCAUGAUGGGGAACGUCAUGGGGACUUUUUUGCUUUCCAUGCCGUGUGGAUAUUUUCUCAUGUUUUCUGAGUUUGCUGUGUCAUUGUAUUGAAAACACAGUACUUGUACAAGUUCUUAAAAGUUUGUAAUACUGUUAAGCCAUCUCUUGUUUUUCACACAGGUGGUAUGUUUGUAAUACUGAUAAAUGUUUCUAUAUUUAGAAUGUCAACAGAAAAAAAGAGUUUAUACAUUUUGAAACUGUCCUCAGAUACUUGUCACAGAGCGUUGUGUUUGGUUUUUGGGUAACUUUUAAAGCUAACUUGAGUCGACUGUAUCCUCUUGAAAAUAUUCAGUUGUUAAAGUAACCAAUGAUUAGUUGCUUCUUGUAACAAGGUUAUACAUGUUUCAAUUUUGCUUCAAUCUUGCAUUAUAAACUUAAGUAGUUUACUUGAGGUUAAGUUUCUUAGUUCUUUAUCUAUAAGAAUGCCAAUUAUUUCAAAGUAUAAGCCUAUACAGUACAUAGUGCAAUUGUAUUUCCAAAUGUUUUAGUCUCUUAUAGUGUAAGUUGUUUAAUUAUUUUAACCAAUGUGAAAUAUACAAGGGUGCCACCUGUUUAACACUGUCAAAUCUAGGAUGAAA